AUGAUGCUCAGCUGGCCGGUGCCCACACAGCUCGCAGGCCUCCGGGAAAGCCGCCGGAGGGAGGAGACGGCCGAGCGAAGUCCUUUUCCAUGUCAUUUCAGCGUCUCCAGGAGACUGGACCCCAAGGAGCCCCUGGGCAGCCAGCGGGCAGCUUCGCCGACCCCGAAGCAGGCUCCUGGGGCUGUUCCCGGCCAUGAGGGCGCCCGGGAGACAGGGGCCCAGGGCCCGGCCGGCCAGGAGGCUGGGGGCCCCCGCCGGACGCUGCAGGUGGACAGCAGGACGCAGAGAUCAGGGCGGUCCCCCUCCGUGUCACCAGACAGAGGCAGCACCCCCACGUCCCCUUACUCCGUCCCCCAGAUCGCCCCCCUUCCCAGCAGCACGCUGUGUCCCAUAUGUAAGACCUCGGACCUCACGUCGACCCCCAGCCAGCCAAACUUCAACACCUGCACCCAGUGUCACAGCAAGGUCUGCAACCAGUGCGGGUUCAACCCCAACCCCCACCUGACCCAGGUGCAGGAGUGGCUCUGUCUGAACUGCCAGAUGCAGAGGGCGCUGGGGAUGGACAUGACCACGGCGCCGCGCUCCAAGAGCCAGCAGCAGCUGCACUCGCCCGCGCUGUCCCCUGCCCACGCCCCCGCCAAACCGCCCCUGGGGAAGCCGGAGCAAGAGAGGCCCCGGGGCCCCGGGGGACCACAGCCGGGGCCCCGCCCGGCGGAGACGGCCAAGGCCACCACAGUGCCGGGACCUGCCCAGGCAGCUGCCCCUCCCGAGAGGGGGAAGGUGUCUCCUCAGCCCCCUCACCCCGUCAAGCCUUCCACAGCCGAGCCCCGGCCCCCUGCGGGAGAGGCCCCGGGCAGAAGUGCCACCGCGGUGCCCCCCGGGCCUGGCGCUGCUGAGCAGGCCCAGGAGGGCCUCACGGGGAAGCUCUUCGGUCUCGGCGCGUCGCUGCUGACCCAGGCGAGCACCCUCAUGUCCGUGCAGCCUGAGGCCGACGCCCAGGGCCAGCCCGCCCCCAGCAAGGGGCCACCCAAGAUCGUCUUCAGUGAUGCCAGCAAGGAGGCUGGCCCGAGACCCCCAGGCUCAGGGCCCGGGCCUGGGCCUGCAGCUGGAGCCAAAGCUGAGCCUGCAGCCAGGGCAGGCGCCGCAUCAGGGCCCGGAGCCCCGGCGAGAACUGGGGGGACACCCAGCCCAAAGCAUGGCCGAGCAGAACAGCAGGCAGUGCCCAAGGCUGCUGCCAAGCCAAAGGCCAUGCCGAAGGACAGGCCCACCUGCCCACUGUGCCAAGCCGAGCUCAACGUGGGCAGCAAGGGCCCAGCCAACUACAACACCUGCACCGCCUGCAAGCUCCAGGUGUGCAACCUCUGUGGCUUCAACCCGACACCGCACCUGGUGGAGAAAUCCGAGUGGCUCUGUCUGAACUGCCAAACUAAGCGACUGCUGGAGGGCAGCCUGGGGGAGCCAGCCCCCUGCCCACCGCCCGCCUCGCCGCAGCCCCCCGCCGGGGCCCCUCACCGUGCGGCCGGAACAGCCCCUCCGAAGCAGAAAGGGCCCCAGGGGCCGGGCCAGCCCUCAGGCCCUCUGCCUGCCAAGGCCAGCCCCCUGCCCACCAAGGCCAGCCCCCAAGCAAAGCCCCUCAGGGCUUCUGAGCCCAGCAGGACCCCAAGCGGUGCCCAGGAAAAGAAGACGGGACCCCCGGCCAAAGCGGAGCCUGUGCCGAAACCCCCUCCAGAGACUGCCCUGCCCCCUGGGACUCCGAAGGCAAAGGCCGGGGCGCGGAGGACCGAGCCCGCCACCCCCGCCGUCAAGGCUGCUCCAGAAGCCCCCAAGGGUGGGGAGGCCGAGGAGCUGGUGGGCAAGCCUUACUCCCAGGACCUGUCCCGGAGCCCACAGAGCCUCAGCGACACGGGCUAUUCUUCCGACGGCGUCUCCAGCUCCCAAAGCGAGAUCACCGGUGUGGUGCAGCAGGAGGGGGAGCAGCUGGACAGCGCAGGGGUGACCGGGCCCCGCCCGCCCAGCCCCUCCCAGCUCCACAAGGCGGGCAGCGUGCGGCCUUCCCUGCAGGCCCAGGGCCCAGCCUCCAGUGGCGAGCGGAGCAAGGCGCCCCGCAGCAGUGCUGAGGAGCAGAAGCGGCGGCCCCACUCCCUGUCCAUCAUGCCUGAGGCCUUCGACUCCGAUGAGGAGCUGGAGGACAUCCUGGAGGAAGAGGAGGACUCUGUGGAGUGGGGCCGCGAGCGGGAGCAGCGGGACACGGCGGAGUCCUCGGACGACUUCGGCAGCCAGCUGCGGCACGACUACGUGGAGGACAGCAGCGAGGGCGGCCUGUCCCCGCUCCCUGCACAGCCCCCCGCCCGGGCAGCAGCCAUGACCGACGAGGAGUUCAUGCGGCGGCAGAUCCUGGAGAUGAGCGCCGAGGAGGACAACCUGGAGGAGGAGGACGCGGCCACCCCCAGGCACGGCCUGGCCAAACAUGGCACCCCGAAGGGCGGGCCCAGGCCCAGGCCCGAGCCCAGCCAAGAGGCAGCGGCAUUGCCCAAGCGGCGCCUCCCCCACAACGCCACCACGGGCUACGAGGAGCUGCUCUCCGAGGGAGGCCCCGCGGAGGCCGUCGACGGCACCGGGGCCCUGCAGGGCGGGCUCCGCCGCUUCAAGACCAUCGAGCUCAACAGCACAGGCAGCUACGGCCACGAGCUGGACCUGGGCCCAGGCGCUGACCCCAGCCUGGACCGCGAGCCCGAGCUGGAGAUGGAGAGCCUGACGGGCUCGCCCGAGGACCGCUCCCGCGGGGAGCACUCCUCCACGCUGCCCGCCUCCACGCCCAGCUACACCUCGGGCACCUCGCCCACCUCCCUGUCUUCCCUGGAGGAGGACAGCGACAGCAGCCCCAGCCGCAGGCAGCGCCUGGAGGAAGCGAAGCAGCAGCGCAAGGCCCGGCACCGCUCCCACGGGCCCCUGCUGCCCACCAUCGAGGACUCCUCGGAGGAGGAGGAGCUGCGGGAGGAGGAGGAGCUGCUGGCGAGCAGGAGAAAGAUGCGGGAGGUGGAGCAGCAGCGCAUCCGCAGCACCGUCCGCAAGACGCGGCGCGACAAGGAGGAGCUGCGGGCCCAGCGCCGGCGUGAGCGCUCCAAGACGCCACCCAGCAACCUGUCGCCCAUCGAGGACGCCUCCCCCACGGAGGAGCUGCGGCAGGCGGCCGAGAUGGAGGAGCUGCACCGCUCCUCCUGCUCCGAGUACUCACCCUCGCCCUCCCUGGACUCGGAGGCCGAGGCCCUGGACGGCGGCCCCGCCCGGCUCUACAAGUCAGGCAGUGAGUACAGCCUGCCCACCUUCAUGUCCCUCUACUCGCCCACUGAGCCGCCCGCGGGCAGCUCCGGCAUCCCCAGCGCCGGGCGGCCCCUCAAGAGUGCCGAGGAGGCCUAUGAGGAGAUGAUGCGGAAGGCCGAGCUGCUGCAGCAGCGGCAGCAGGGCCAGGUGGCGGGCGGCCGGGGGCCCCAGGGUGGCCCCUCUCAGCCCACAGGCCCCCGGGCCCAGGGCUCCUUUGAGUUCCAGGAAGCCCCAGACCGUGACUACAGCAGGGCUGCCCCGCUGCCUGCGGAGGGCACUCCCGCCGGCCUGGGGGCAGCCAUGUACGAGGAGACCCUGCAGACGUCCCAGAGCCUGGCCCGCGGGCGGCAGGCCUCCUCCCGAGACCUGGCCUUCGCCGAGGACAAGAAGAAGGAGAAGCAGUUUCUGAACGCCGAGAGUGCGUACGUGGACCCCAUGAAGCAAAACGGCGGCCCGCUCACCCCGGGCACCAGCCCCACCCAGCUCGCUGCCCCCGUGCCCUUCUCCACCUCCACCUCCACCUCCUCCGACGGCAGUGGCGGCCGGGUCAUUCCUGACGUCCGAGUUACCCAGCAUUUUGCAAAGGAGCCUCAGGACCCCCGCAAGCUGCACAGCUCUCCUGCCUCCCCCAGCCCUGCCCCCCAGGAGGCCAGCACAUCCUUUCCCCAGGGCCCGGGGGCCCCAGCCACCACGGCUCGAGGGUAUGGGACCCUGGCGUCGCCUGCAGGCUCCGAGCGCAGCCCCUCGCCGUCUGCCACAGCCCACGGCUAUGGGCAGAGCCCGACCACCGCAAACUAUGGAUCCCAAACGGAAGAGAUGCCCCAGGCGCCCAGUGGUCCUGCUGCCGCCAGAGAGAAGCCCCUGCGUGUGAGUGACGGCAAGGGCGGCCCUGCCCCGCCCUCCCAGGGAUAUGCCUACUUCCCGGGCUCCAGCCCACCGCUCUCCCCAUCUUCUCCCUCAGAGAGCCCCACCUUCUCCCCUGGCAAGCCGGGCCCCAGGGCCACAGCCGAGUUCUCUACACAGACGCCAAGCCUGGCCCCGGCCUCGGACAUGCCGAGGAGCCCUGGCGCCCCCACCCCAUCCCCCAUGGUGGCGCAGGGCACGCAAACGCCACACGGACCCGGCGCGCCCCGCCUGGCGUGGCAGCAGUCCCCUCGGGAGGCCCCCUUCAUGGUCAUCACACUGGCCUCAGCGGCCUCCAGCCAGACUAGGAUGGUCCAUGCCAGUGCCUCCACCUCCCCGGUGUCCCCCACCGACACGCAGCCCACCCCCCACGGCUACAGCCAGACCACCCCUCUGAGUGCGUCUCCGCUGCCCUCAGAGCCUCCUGGGCCGCCUGGCUUCCCGCGGGCGGCCAGUGCCGGUGCGGACGGGCCCCUGGCGCUGUACGGCUGGGGCGCCCUCCCUGCCGAGAACAUCUCCCUGUGCCGGAUCUCCUCCGUCCCGGGAACGUCCAGGGUGGAGCCCGGGCCCAGGCCCCCGGGCAGUGCCGUGGUGGACCUCCGCACGGCCGUCAAGCCCACGCCCAUCAUCCUCACUGACCAGGGCAUGGACCUGACCUCUCUGGCCGUGGAAGCGAGGAAGUACGGCCUGGCGCUGGAGCCGGGCCCAGGGCGGCAGUCCACAGCGGUGCAGCCUUUGGUCAUCAACCUCAACGCCCAGGAGCAGACCCAGGCCUUCAUCGGCACGGCCACCACCGUGAGCAUCACCGUGGCCUCCUCUGUGCUCCUGGCUCAGCAGAAGCAGCCUGUGGUCUAUGGAGACCCCUUCCAGAGCCGCCUCGACUUCGGCCAGGGGACAGGUAGCCCCGUGUGCCUGGCCCAGGUCAGGCAGGUGGAGCAGGCCGUCCAGACAGCCCCGUACCGAGGUGGGCCCCGGGGAAGACCCAGGGAGGCCAAGGUUGCCAGGUAUAACCUGCCCAACCAGGUGGCGCCUCUGGCCAGAAGAGAUGUUUUGAUCACUCAGAUGGGCACUGCUCAGAGCACUGGCCUCAAGGCAGGCCCGGUGCCGGAGCUGGGUGCCAGGAAGCCACACACCGUGCUGGUGCAGAUGGCAGAGGGCGCGGCAGGCACUGUGACCACGCUGCUCCCGGAGGAGCCGGCGGGCGCCGUGGACCUCACGGGGAUGAGGCCCGAGAGCCAGCUGGCGUGCUGCGACGUGUCUACAAGUUCCUCCUUCGGCAGCAGCUGUCAGCGGGAGGAGCGCCAGGCCCAGUUCGCCCUGCAGCGGGAGCAGCUGGCGCAGCAGCGCCUGCAGCUGGAGCAGAUCCAGCAGCUGCAGCAGCAGCUGCAGCAGCAGCUGGAGGAGCAAAAGCAGAGGCAGAAGGCCCCCUUCCCCGUGGUCUGUGACGGACCCGGCCGAGGGCCUCCCCCGGCGGCCACCGAGCUGGCGCAGAAUGGCCAGUACUGGCCGCCCCUGACCCACGCGGCUUUCAUCGCCUUGGCAGGACCCGAGGGGCCGGGGCAGCCCCGGGAGCCCGUGCUACACCGUGGCCUCCCCAGCUCUGCCUCGGACAUGUCGCUGCAGACCGAGGAGCCGUGGGAGGCCGGCCGCAGUGGCCUCAGGAAGCGCCACUCGAUGCCACGGCUGCGGGACACCUACGAGGCGGAGCCGGGGCCCGAGCCCAGCCCAGUCAGGAGGAUUGCGGACAGCAGCGUGCAGACGGACGACGAGGACGGGGAGGGCCGCUACUUCCUGAGCCGGCGGCGCCGCACCCGGCGGAGCGCAGACUGCAGCGUGCAGACGGACGAGGAGGACAACGCCGAGUGGGAGCAGCCCGUGCGCCGCCGCCGGCCCCGCCUCUCCCGCCACUCGGACUCGGGUUCGGACAGCAAGCACGACGCUGUGGCCUCGUCCUCCACAGCCGCCCCCGCCAGGGCCACGAGCAGCGUGGGCAUCCAGACCAUCAGCGACUGCUCCGUGCAGACGGAGCCUGACCAGCUGCCCAGGGUCUCCCCCGCCAUCCACAUCACGGCGGCCACUGACCCCAAGGUGGAGAUCGUCAGGUACAUAUCGGCGCCGGAGAAGACCGGGCGCGGCGAGAGCCUGGCCUGCCAGACGGAGCCGGACGGGCAGGCCCAGGGCGGGGCCGGGCCGCAGCUCGUAGGGCCCGCCGCCAUCAGCCCCUACCUGCCCGGCAUCCAGAUCGUCACCCCAGGGCCCCUGGGCAGAUUCGAGAAAAAGAAGCCGGAUCCCCUGGAGCUCGGCUACCAGGCCCACCUGCCCCCGGAGUCCCUCUCACAGCUGGUGAGCGGCCAGCCUCCCAAGUCCCCUCAGGUCCUCUACUCGCCAGUCUCGCCCCUGUCCCCACACCGGCUCCUGGACGCGCCCUUUGCUUCCAGCGAGAGGCUGAGCAAGGCUCACGUGAGUCCGCAGAAGCACUUCGCGGCCGACGGCGCGCUCCGCCAGCAGACGCUGCCUCGCCCCGUGAAGACCCUGCAGCGGUCUCUGUCCGACCCUAAGCCCCUCAGCCCCACCGCUGAGGAGUCUGCCAAAGAGAGGUUCUCCCUCUACCAGCUCCAGGGGGGGCUGGGGAGCCAGGUGUCGGCGCUGCCACCCAACGGCCUGGUCCGCAAGGUGAAGCGGACACUGCCCAGCCCUCCCCCCGAGGAGGCCCACCUGCCCCUGGCUGGCCAGCCCCCCCCCCAGCUGUACGCGGCCAGCCUGCUGCAGCGGGGGCUGCCCGCCGCUGUCCCCGCCAAGGCCAGCCUGCUCCGGGAGCUGGACCGGGACCUGCGGCUGGUGGAGCAUGAGUCCACCAAGCUGCGCAAGAAGCAGGCAGAGCUGGACGAAGAGGAGAAGGAGAUCGACGCCAAGCUCAAGUACCUGGAGCUGGGCAUCACACAGCGCAAGGAGUCUCUGGCCAAAGACCGGGGCGGCCGCGACUACGCGCCCUUGCGAGGUCUCGGUGAGCAUCGGGACUACCUGUCGGACAGCGAGCUCAACCAGCUGCGGCUCCAGGGCUGCGCCACGCCCGGACAGUACGCAGACUUCCCCAUCGCCGCCGCGGCUCCCGCCACCCCCUCCGGCCCCGCUGCCUUCCAGCAGCCCCGGCUCCCCGCUCCGGCCCCGCAGUACUCUGCAGGCAGCGCUGGGCCGACUCCCAACGGAUUCCCAGCCCACCAGGCACCUGCCUACCCUGGCCCCAGCACGUACCCAGCGCCUGCCUUUCCUCCCGGCACCAGUUACCCUGCUGAGCCUGGUCUGCAAAGCCAGCAGGCUUUCCGGCCCACAGGCCAUUAUGCAGCCCAAACACCCAUGCCAACCACACAGAGCGCCCUUUACCCAGUCCCGGCCGACAGCCGUGCCCCCCACCCAAAGCCACGCCAGACGUCACUAGCCGACUUGGAGCAGAAGGUGCCCACCAACUACGAAGUGAUCGCCAGCCCCGCCGUGGCCAUGUCGUCAGCCCCGUCCGAAACCAGUUACAGUGGCCCCGUGAUAAGCAGCAGCUACGAGCAGAGCAAGACCCCAGAGCUGCCCCGGGCCAGUGACCGCAGCAGCACGGGCCCAGCCCCCACCUACCCCUCCGACUCUCACUACGCCAGCCUGGAGCAGAACGUCCCUCGGAACUAUGUGAUGAUCGACGACAUCAGUGAGCUGACCAAGGUCAGCACCUCCACGGCCCUGGACAGCCAGCGACUGGAGCUCCUGGGCCCGAGCGGCGGUGGGCGUCCAGGGAAGGAGCCAGGAGAGCCAGGGGCCCUUGAGGGGCCCACACUGCCCUGCUGCUAUGCCCGGGGGGAGGAAGAGUCCGAGGAAGACGCUUACGACCCCCGUGGAAAGAGCGGCCCCCACCGGGGCAUGGAGAGCGAUGGCCGAGCCGCCAGCACCCACUACUACGGUGACAGCGACUACCGCCAAGGGGCUCGCGCAGACAAGUACGGUCCAGGCCCCACGGGGCCCAAGCACCCCUCCAAGAGCCUGGCCCCGGCCGCCAUCUCGAAGCGCAGCAAGCACCGGAAGCAGGGCAUGGAGCAGAAGGUCUCCAAGUUCUCGCCCAUCGAAGAAGCCCGGGAUGUGGAGUCAGACCUGGCCUCCUACCCUCCCGCCGCGGGCAGCAGCGGCCUGGCCUCCCGGGGCAGGAGGUUCCAGGACGAAAUCACCUACGGGCUCAAGAAGAACGUGUAUGAGCAGCAGAGGCACUACGGGGUGGCCAGCCGGGACGCCGCGGAGGAGGACGACCGCAUGUACAGCGGGAGCAGCCGGGCCCGGGGCCCAGCGGCGUACGGCGGGGAGAAGCUGUCCAGCCACGACGUCGGCAGCCGGGGCAAGGGCUACGAGCGGGAGCGCGAGGCUGUGGAGCGGCUUCAAAAGGCAGGCCCCAAGCCCUCCUCCCUGAGCAUGGCCCACGGCCGGGCCCGGCCCCCCAUGCGGAGCCAGGCCUCGGAGGAGGAGAGCCCUGUCAGCCCCCUGGGACGGCCCCGCCCCACGGGGGAUGCCCUCCCUCCUGGAGACACCUGCCCGCAGUUCUGCUCCAGCCACUCCAUGCCCGACGUCCAGGAGCACGUCAGGAACGGCCCACGGGCCCACACGUACAAGCGCGAGGAGGGCUACCUCCUGGACGAUUCCCACUGCGUGGUGUCCGACAGCGAAGCGUAUCACCUGGGCCAGGAGGAGACGGACUGGUUCGAUAAGCCCCGGGACGCCCGCUCGGACCGCUUCCGGCACCACGGGGGCCACGCAGCCUCCUCCUCCCAGAAGCGCGGCCCCGCCAGGCACAGCUACCAUGACUACGACGAGCCCCCCGAGGAGGGCCUGUGGCCGCACGAGGAGGGUGGCCCAGGCCGCCACGCCGUAGCUAAGGAGCACCGGCACCACGGAGACCACGGGCGGCACUCAGGCCGCCAUGCCGGCGAGGAGCCAGGCCGGCGUGCUGCCAAACCACACGCUCGGGACCUGGGCCGCCACGAGGCUCGGCCUGCUCCUCAGCCCAGCCCGGCCCCGGCCACGCAGAAGAAGGGCCAGCCCGGGUACCCCAGCUCGGCCGAGUACACGCAGCCGCCCCGUGUGCCGUCAGCCUACCACCACGCCUCCGACAGCAAGAAGGGCUCCCGGCAGGCCCCACAGCCAAAGCCAGAACCCCAGCCGCAGCCGCAAGGUCGCCAGGCGCCUCCAGGGCCUCAGCCGUCCCAGCAGCCUGCAGCCAGGCAGACACCCUCAGCAGCAGCAGCAGCAGCAGCACGGGCGCCGCAGCCCCAGCCCCAGCCGCAGCUGCAGGGCCCCGGGCCACAGCCCCCCCAGCAGACGCCACAGGCGCGGACACAGCAGCAGGGCCAGCCAGCCGCCCGGGGUCCCGCCGCUGCCACCAGCCAGCCAGCCGGGAAGCCUCAGCCCGGCCCCGCGGCCACCGCAGGCUCCCAGCCAGCAGGAGCGCCGCGGACAGAGCAGACCACCGCCUCUAAAGGGGCAGCCAAAGCGGCCCAGCAGGGGAGGCCCCCUCAGGCUCAGCCACCGCCAGGACCUGGACCUGCAGGCAUGAAAGCUGGAGCCAGGCCCGGAGGCACCCCGGGGGCUCCCGCUGGCCAGCCAGGGGCCGAAGGGGACAGCGUGUUCUCCAAGAUCCUCCCCGGGGGGGCCGCGGAGCAGGCGGGCAAACUGACAGAAGCGGUCUCUGCUUUUGGCAAAAAAUUCUCCUCGUUCUGGUGACCCUGCCCGGAGGGGCUCUCAGGCUCUCGAUGAGAUGGAGGGAGGUGGUGUCGUUGUUGUGGAAAAACCUCUGGAGUCCGAGGCCUGGGCGCAGCUCUGGACUCUGCGUAUAACACAUCUACAAUCUGGCGCACACUUGGCUCCCAGACUCGCCGGAGGGACGGACAUGGUGGGCGGUCUCCGCUGGACAAGUGGGACCACCUGCCGGA